ACCCAUUUAAACGGGGUCAUGUGGCGCUGGGCCCCCGAGUUAAAUGUGUGUUUUUUUUUUGCUCUCUGUCUGUCUCGCCUCAACUGCAACAUGUGAUUUCCGACGCUGUUCAAUGACUGGGCCAAUUACUUCAGCUUCAAAUACAGGAUCAUCCCUGGGCUCCUACACGGCGAGGCUUUUUACAGUGUUCUGUCCCCUCUCUCCAAGGGACGGGGGGAGCCGGGACGCUCGGUAUGUGCAAGGAACCGAGCAUUUUACAACUCGCCAGCGUUCUCCUCCUCGGCUAUUACUUCAUUUGCCUCUUCGCCCCUGGAAACAGUGCUAUUUCCCUGAGUGUCUCUCAGAGAGAAGUGAACGGGUCAGUGAGCCAGUCUGUCCGUCUCUCCGUCUCCUAUUCCACACUCACACCCUCCUCCACUUUAGGGAUCCUGUGGUAUUUUUUGCCCGGAGACACUCCAAUUGUGAGCCUGAUCCGGUCAAACUGCUCUUCAGAUGCUGCCAGAUGCUGUUAUAACUGCUCAGAUCACCAGAUGUCAGCUCCUUCCCACCGACACCGAGUUGACGUCGACCCAGAGACGGGAUCGUUGUGUUUGCGGGAUUUACAGCCCAGCGACAGCGGCGUGUAUGUGAUACAAGUUUAUGCAGACGGUGCGGACACAGCCGUUAAAGAGAAUGUGACUUUAACGGUCUGUAAUGUGACAGAUGGUGAAAGUACGACCCCAGCUGUUUCAACAACAAAUCAAUCUUCGACUGAAAAUACAGAAAUGUAUAUCAUUACCUCUGCUGCUAUGUGUUUCUUCAUUGUUCUCAUCUGUUUCAUCUACUUGUUGGUAACAAAGAAACACAGAGGUUGUCGUCUGCAACAGGAUUCUGUUGUCAUGGAAACAUCUAUUCAGUCGAUUGAGGGAAUGAGGCAAGGCUUGACUGAGGGCCAGGAUACGUUAACAAACAGUGAACUCACAUAUUCCCUUCUGCAGUGGUCCAAGGACAGGAACCCACAGGCUUCAGGAGCUGACACACAAGAGACAGAUACUGCCAGACCUGCUGACCUUUUCCAGCAGCUUUUGCUUUUGUACCCGGAGGGACUUAUUAUUCGGCACUCCACUCACACCAUUUGUCUGGUCUUUUGAUCUCUCUGCCUAUAAAUUCUGCGUUCUGUCUGCUUCCUUUCUCACUUCACCUGAUGAAGGGACAAUACUGGAAAAGCUUGUGAUUUCAAAUAAACCUGUUGGAUUAUAACCUUGUGUAGCUUCUGAUUUUGUCCACCCAGUCCAACGCUGGCACCUCCACAUCAUAAGCAGAGUUGAGUUUAGUUGAGCCAGCACUGAAAGACUUAACAGUUACUUGCCGUUCUUAUUGUGUCUCAGUAAAAGUCGCUGAC